GGUGGUGGUAGUGGAGGGCAGCGGCAGGUAGAGUCAGUCAGUGAGUUGCAGCCGUGCCACUAGGACGUACGCUUCACCCAGCUUCCCCCUCCACUCCAUGCGUGCCAAGAUGGGAGGUCAAACUAACGGAAACUGGACACCCACCAAGAGACGAGGACCUAUUGCUGCAGAGUUCACCAGCCCCGGGCCAGCGUCCAUAGCCCUCAGGUCGUCAAUCGGCUCAGGUGGAGCGACCAAGAACCGUCCACCGGCCUUCACCAUGGGUAGCCGUCAUGAAGCUAGGCCCGAUAAAGCUGGACCAGGACCCGGCCAAUACAACGUCACUGGACUCUCCAACAAGGGUAAGGAUGAGCCAGUGGGAGCCUCCAUGCACAUCAGGCCUAAAGACCCAAAGAUGCACCUCACCCCAGCCCCCUGUGACUACUCUCCCGACAAGGCUGAGGCCAAGGUGUGCGAGUCGUCCCCGAGCUUCUCCUUCGGCGUGAAGACUGACGAUGGGAAACCCUCAGAUGCUCCAGCCCCAAACAGCUACUCCAUCCCCUCCCUGCUGGGCUCUACUAAGGAAGGCUCCAAGCACUCAGCCCCAAGUUUCUCCAUGUCUGCCCGACCCUUGCCUGAUGAGGACAAGAUGAAGGUGCCAGGUCCAGGUUCCUACAACGAGUCCGAGGUAGAUCGGUACAAGACCAAUAAGAGCCCUAGCUUCAGCAUGGGCCAGCGCACCACCAUCCCCUCCGACCACACCAUGAAGCCUGGUCCGGGAGCCCACUGUCCUGAGAAGUAUCAGCCCUCCGGCCCCAAGUUCACCAUGGCUCCCAGACCUGCUGACGAAGAGGACAAAAUGAACAUCCCAGGCCCAGGCUCUUACAACUCUGGCGAUCUCAAUAAAUGCAGAGAGAAACAACCGGCCUUUACCAUGUCCCCAAAGACCAACUUGCCUGCUGAUAACAGUCCUAAACCUGCGCCCAAUGCUUACGCUCCAGAGAAGUAUCAGCCCUCCGGCCCCAAGUUCACCAUGGCUCCCAGACCUGCUGACGAAAUGGACAAAAUGAACUUCCCAGGCCCAGGCUCUUACAACUCUGGUGAUCUUGAUAUGUGCAGAGAAAAACAGCCGGCCUAUACUAUGUCCCCAAAGACCGACCUGAUCGUUGAUAACAGUCCUAGACCCGCACCCAAUGCCUACUCUCCAGAUAAGUAUGUGCCUUCGGGACCAAAGUUCACCAUGGCUCCUCGCCCUGCUGUUGAAGUAGACAAGAUGAGGGUGCCUGGCCCAGGUACCUAUGAAGCUGGCAACCUGGACAAGUGUAGAGUCAGUUUACCAGCCUUCACUAUGGCACCCAAAACCACCUUACCGACAGACCACACUCAAAAGCCAGCACCCAAUGCUUAUUCACCAGAGAAGUCAGAGUCGUCGGAGAACAAGACCACCCCAGAGUUUAGCUUCGGUAUCAAACACUCACAGUACUUGGGCAAGCUGAGGAACCAGUGAACCUGACGAAUCGACGGCCCUCUCCCACCUCCCACCCUGGCUGCUACGUCCACUACCCCACCAUCAGCUACGAGUAUCCGAGAAUAACAUUUAUCGAAUGAUAUCGUCACCCCAAGAAUCACAACAUUGUUCCAAGAAUCAUAAUAUUGUUCCAAGAAUAAUACUGCACUGUUUAUUGUUCCAAGAAUGACAUUAUCCCUAAAAUGUUACUAUCCCAAGCAUAACAUUACCCCAGGAAUAUCAUUAUCCUAAGAAUUUCAUAAUCGAGUAGUAAGAAGACUCAGGAAUGGCUCAGUUUAUUGCUUGAAGUUUCAGUUUUUUCUUCAGAUAAUGAUAAGAAAAACAUACUGCAAGACAUUCCUUAUUGACCUGUAUCCUGACAAUUAGAUUAUAAACCCCUCAAAAAUAUACUAUACUAUAUAUACAGUAUAGUAUAUACUAUAUAUUUCCAAGCAGUAGUACAUUCUAACAAGGGAAGAACAUGAAGUGUCCACAAUGAAUUAUAAAUAAUUAGCAAGAGGUACAUUAUACGUGAGGGUAAUUAAGUACAGUAGUUAUUACAUGUGAGGGUGAUAAUUUUAGAUAUUCCACCACAGUGUUCUUCUAUAAAGACAUCAAGGAAAAAGGUGCUAACCAUCAUUUGUUGUAUAGAGUUUGACAUACACUUCAUGAUAUCAUCUUUUUAUAAUAAUACCAGCCAGUGAUGUAUAAUGACUUCACAGUUACUCUCAUAUGUACAUCUCCUGAGUCUGUACAGGGUCACGAUUCUUGAAGAUUUAAAUUAUCUGAGAUAUAUCAAAAUCAUUUGUAAAUUACCAUGAUAUAUCAUAUCAGAUGCAUCCGAUAUUUUUAAGCUUGUGGUAAUUUUUCAGGUGCUCUUGCAGUGAACUUGGAUGUAUUUGCUCUUACAAAUGCUAGUAAUAUCUGGUUAUGUUUGAGAGGGUUGCACUUCCAUUGCUCGUGCCUCUCACAAACGAUUCAGUUGAGAAGGCAUGACAGCAAACGUUUCAGAUACUUCCCUUAUAAAUUCAUAAUUGAAACUCAGAAUAGUGUGUAGCAUAAAUAUCUCACGAAUAAGAAAAAAAUCUUUGUGAUAAUUAAAUAUAUAAACCCCUCACAGGGACAUCAACUUGGCUUGAGGAUCACACAUCAGAUUAUGUGUGAGCUCAGCUGGUAUAAGGUUAAUACUCGACCACACAUUUCACGAUCAUUCAUGACAUUUUUCAUAGAUACAUUGGCUGUGUUCAUUAAAUACAAGUUUCUUCCAGGUAUGACGUCACAUUUAUAAACACCAAUCUCUCUUAAGUUAGUACUGUAUUUCAGUUUAGCCACAGAACAGAGUGGGUUUGUGUGUUUCAAGACAUGAAUGUAAAAUGAGUUCUUUCACCUCACAUUUUGACGUCACUUUGUAAUAAUGUCUUGCCUGACCAACUACAAGAUGUUUACUGAAAGUUUAGUAUGUUCGUUAGCAAUAUUUUUGUCAUUUUUGUUGUAAAAAUAAUGUUAACAGUUUUCUUUGUCUGUUGGGGUGAGGCUUUUCUAACUCUGGACUUGUAGAAGUAUUUUUGACUGGUUAUAAAAACUGUUUGUUGCAGCAGCUUGUUAACUGACACAUAACCUAGGUCUUGGGUUGUUGCUGUCAUGGCUCCACUUAUUUUUCAUUUCAACAGCUACUUUUAUUUAAUUGAUAAAUUUGGGCAGAUUUUGAACAUUAAAUAUAACAAAUAGAUGAUAUAGAGGAAUAUUUUUCAUUUCAAAUAGGUAGUACUUUGACUGCUCUAAAGACUACCUGAGUGUGGAUUAUAAUAUGCAUACCCGUAUACUGUACUGCACACAAGUACAUGUUAAGAUUAUUUUUGCAUUGAUUUUUGCAUGUUGUGACAUAAAUAAUAUGAAAAUUAAAAAUGUGUUUUAUAUAUAUUGUUAUGUAUAGAUUUUGACUUGGAUGAUAUUCCAACAAAAAUAUUCCACCAUAGAGAUAGUUUUAUCCUAUAAAUUAAAUAUAUUUAGCUUUAAAAAUGUGCCAGAUUAAUUAUAGAUAACUUCAAUCACCUUUAUAUAUUUGUGCAAAAGUAUUUAUAAUUUUUUUUGCAUAACUAUAUUAAAAUUAUUAUGCAGAGAAAUUAUUAAAGUUAUACAUGUAGUUUUGGCAGUCCUGAAAGCUUAGCAAAUUUCACCUUGGCCAUUCUCUUGUGUUGAACUAAUACUUAAUAUCACAUUUGCUCAAAUAAGUGCUAGAGUCCUAAUCUGGAACACAGUUUAGCCUAUACGUACCCAGUAGGUCAACUGAAUGGAUAGCAAGCUGACAAAGUUGCAAUUAUAUAGGUCAUAUACUAUCCAACCCACACACCUGAGCAAAGAAGUGUGAAAGGUGUUCAGCAUUUGCCUAUGUCAUCCAUGUUAAGAUAACAAGGGUUCAUCUUUGAUCAAUAACAUGUUUAUCCUCCCUUGUUAUGUAAUACCCUAUUGGUUUUGAGCAUUUGCCAAUUUCCUACAUGUUGUUGAUGGCCCAAGUGAUAGCAGAGGGGUUUCUCAUAGAUAAUUGACAUGUUUAUCCUACCUUGUGAUGUAAUGCUCUCCUGUAAGUUUGCUCCAUCUCAAGACGUGUCACAUGACCCCAUCCUGCCUGUACUGUACACAUAUCCAUGCUCCGUCCAGUGCUGCAUACCUUAACCUCUCUUAUUGCUUCUUCUAAUGAACAUUUUUUUCCUGUCCUUACAAAAACAUAAGCAAGACAGCAUAGUUCCAAAAAUUAUAUUAUUUGUAAAGAAUGCUUUUAAUGCAACCAAAAAGUAGUAUAACAGUUAUAUAUGGAAUAAGGGAACACAAGAGCUUUUUUACAGGUGAUUUCAAUAUAACUAACUCUUAUGACAAUUUCUGUUUUAUACUUCCUGGAUAUGAAUAUAGCUGAACACCUCAGAAAUUAUUAUGCCCUACAGGUGUUUGCAUAUACUGUAUGCUUACUUCCAAACUUACUUCUAGAAUUAGAGACAUAAUUUUUUUUUAAUUUUUCCCAGUUACACAUUAAUAUUGCAGGGUAGAUUAAGCCACAGUCGUGUGGUUCAUUUCACGUCUAUUUAAGUUGUGUCAACAUUGUGGCUUCAUUCACUUCAAUGCACAUGGCACGAGUUCAUCAGUAAAGCUAUUUUCAUCUA